GUGCUCACGCCAAAGGUGGGGGCGGCCUAGUGCAGUGGCCAGUGAACAACAAGCGAAGAAAGCUAGCGGCAGUUGCUGGCGAUCACCAACGAUUCCCGUGGCGAUAUCACGAGUCCCCCACGGUCGCGACGGGUGAAUCGCAGCCGGGACGGUGUUAGACGGGUGAGCGCCGCUGCGGCUACCUCGCGCGGUUCCAAUCCGCCUGCCACGAGCACGACGAUCGAUACGCCGAUCGCGCGGCUACGCUCCAGCUAUGCGCCCGUUCCGGCCGAUGUUUAUGGUCAUCAUUCACGUCGGCUGACAGCUGUCAAUCCCUCAUUCGGGUCGCCCGUGAGUCAUCGGAUCGGCAGCCGAGGGCCACCUCAGACGUGAGUUCCUACGAGACGAGUAAGUAGUAGUUCGAGCGCUAUUAAGCUCCACGGACACCCGCACGGGGAACGGGGACUCCUCCCGCAGGUAUCGCACACGUCACAACCUCUACCCUUUGUUCAGAUGUCCAGGUAUUUUUUCGAUAUCACCGGCAUGGCGUCCAGCUCCGUCAGCCAGGAGGACUUCGACAACGACUUCGAGUUGACGUCCAGGAGAUCCAGGAUCAGGACCGCUAGGGCCAGGGUGGGCCCGGCGCGGGCGGGAGACGUGUCUUCCAUAAGCUUUCAAAAGAAUACACCCGAUGUGGAGGAAUCACAGGGCGCUUACGACACGGGCUCCAAUCCUGUGCUUCCGCCCGAGCACGAAAACCUGCAGAGCAAACCCAUAAUAAGGAAACAGGAUAAACGCGUGACCGGCCGUGUCUUUAGUGUCGUAUCCUGUUUGCACAGGCCAACGCAUAUAAACAAGGGGAAGCAGCAACGCGAUCGGCGGAAACUGCGAGAAAAACGGCGUAGCACAGGGGUCGUGCAUUUACCGUCGACAGAGAGCACCGGAGGUAGUACGGGGGAAGACGAGGAGGAGCUUAGCGGCACUUGCCUUGAAACUAAGCACAACACGCAUCACAAUGAAUUUCUUGAUCACGAAUUGAUCGAAGAGCGGAACGCCCGAUUGUACACACAAAGGCGAAACAAAAGGCACUACCGUACUUCAUACAGGUCAUGUAUAAUUAGGCACAGUUGUCACUCUGAUUUGGAGGCCGACGACGAAGAAUUCGAUUCUCUCAAUCAGUCUGACAGCGUUAAUCAAUCGGACCAUGGCAAUCACGAGCCGCAGACAUCUGUCAAUACGACUGUCAGACCGCGAUUGCCGACGCCAACGGGCGACAACCCGCACGAACUGAUCGAACGAGCACAAGAGGAAAACAGGAGGCUGCUAUCCCUUUUAGAGGAUCGGGACCAUAAAAUAAUGGCGCUCGAGGCUCGCCUUUUAAAGCAACAGCACGAGCUGACCCUGGAACGAGACCGACUUCGCGAGGAGAAUGCCACGUUGAUUCGCGCGAUGGCGGCGUUAGCCAGCAACUAAUUCUACUCGUGUAAUAAAGAUCCAUGCCUUUUGGCUCUUUUUGGCGCUUCUUACGAUAAUCGCCGAGAUGCAGGAUGAGCCAUAAGUCGCGCAUACCUCGCUGAUACCUUUAUUAUUUUCAAGAACGAUUUACUUGUCCUACGGAAAUCUAAUUUUUGCAUCGUAUCCCAAUUUUUCGAUUGUUGGGAGAUUUGCAACAGCCACGGGCUGAACGACUGAGAAUCCGGUAUUGUGUUAACUAUUUUAAUCAUUGUUGAUAUUGUGAUAUAUAAGUAUAUAUUUUCUAUUUAAUAUAAAAUGCAAAACGAUUGAAGAACGAUUUAGAUGCUUUUUUUCUAUUGAGUAUUAAAUCAAAUAGAAUCUGUUCGUUACGUUUGGAUUUUCGGAAAAUUAUCAAAUUCAUUAAAAAAAUUAUUGCAUUAAAUAUCUAUAUUGCUUUUUGUGAUAUAUUGUGUACUUUCUCUUACUCAAUAUGGUAUAAAAUGAUUGAAGAAUGAGUAUUCUCUAUCGAAUUUUUUUUUAAAGCUUUAUAUAAAUAUCUACGUGAUUUAUUUUAAUUUUCAAUUUUCACAAGAGAUAAAAGGGGCUGAAAGACGAAUGAUAUAGGGAUACCUUUUUUUGGUUAAAAAGCUGUAAGAUAAACUAAUAACGUUUUUGACUGCAGUGGAUUUUGACCGAUACGAGAUCGAUUAAUGACAUUACAUGCUCUACUUUAGAUUGAACGAGUAGAGCGUGUGACGUUAAUUGAUCUCGGUCAAAACCCACUGCAGUCGAAAACGCUAUUGAAGUCACGCAUCAUAUUGAAUCUUAUUUUUUUAAUUUUUUAAAUGAAAGGCUGAGACUUUAAUAAAACGAAUUAGCUUGUAAUGAAAGUUAAAAAGACUUAGAUUGAUAGUGAUAAAAGUUUAAAUAUUUAGUUUAAUAAAACUAAAAAAGUAUUCACGAUAAUUGAUUUUCCGUAUCCCUUUGAUGCAUGAUUUAUGGAUCAUCCUAGGCAAUAGGAGAGGAGGAUAUACCUAAGUAGAGUAAAAACCUAACUUUAGUGCGUAUCGCAAAUUGAGUCAUUAUAAAUAAACAGAUAAUUCUCUAAUCACAGUGUUAGCUGCGGAAAGUAUAAAAUGUAUACGUUUUUGCAAGCUGCGACGCGAAUUACAUUUUGUAAAAAACAAUAGCAGUUCUCGACCUUGUGAAGACAUUGUUGUGACGAUUAAAUCACUUGCAGAGCUUCGCAGGCACAGAUUGCACGUUUAUUAUCGAUACGUUUGCUAUCUUUAUUGCCGAUUAAUUGCAAUUUUUUUUCCGUUUCGAUAUGUUUUCAAUUCGAGCAACAGCUAGAUAAACGCAAUAGAUACAUUGGAACCACGUGAAAGUGCCGAUUAUGACGUAAACGACUUACUCCGUUUUCUAUUGUAAUAAUAUAAGAAUGGACGUUCUAUGUAAGUUUUAUACUUGCAACACACGAUAAUAUAAGAUUAUGAAUCAUUUUAUUAUUAUUUUAUUACUAUUAAUGUUAUUAUUAUUAUUCUACCGCGAGCCGUAUAAAAUUCUAUGUAUAUAUAUAUAGACACGCAGAUGAUUCUGUAGCGAUUAAUCGAUGCAUUUUGAUUAGAGGAGACUUCCGCCACAAACUUGUGUAAUACGCGGGAUGAUGUAACGAGAAAGUGUAAAAUUGUUUAAAGAAAAAAAAACUUUUAUCGCCAAUCAAA